GUCAAUGUUCAUUAGCUUAUCAGUGAGACAACAACGGGGAAACAAACUGAGGAUUAUACAUUGAGGAUAGAAUGUUUAAGGUCAUUUUAUUCUCGGCACUGCUAGGUGCAGCAUGUGCCACAUUUCCUCUCACUUAUGAAGACAUUGACCAUAGUAAUUUAGGGCUCAUUGAUGUCGAUGAAGUAAGACCACACUAUAUGAUUCCAGCUGUCCAGUCUCAUAUCCCAAUUGAAUUCGGUGAGAAUGAUAGACAAGUAUUGGAAGAUGACAUUGGAACCCCUUUGGAGCAGUUAUCUGUUCAGGCAUAUCCAAAACAUCCACCUCAUUACGGAGGUAAAACGAAACAUGGUAAUUAUAAGGGAUCAGAUAGUUCUGCAGAUAUUAAGCAAAAGAAGCAUUCGUAUGAAUCUACUAAGGUCUCCCAAGAAGAAAUCGAGGUUAAAUCUGUAAAUAAUCACUAUGGUAGCAGAAUGCCACAACAACAUAAAUCUAGCGGAUAUAGCCAAGGUAAACGCGCUCCAUCCAAAGGAUCAUAUGGAAAGAAAUUAGAGCAGAAAAGAGAUUCCGCUGAACCUGGAGAUUAUUCCCAUAGCAUUGGAGAGAAAAAUGAACCAAAGCAGACAGAAAACAAACACUACCAUCAUCAACAACAAGAACCAGUUCAAAAACAUGUAGAACCAGAUUUUAAAGGUUCUUCUGACAAUUAUGGACAUCACACCCACAGUUCACAUGCUCCAGUUCAACAAAAGCAUCAUGAUUCAGUAGCACAACCUAAAUAUUCUGGUCAUAAAAGUGCUUACGAGGGUCAAAGUAGUUACAAGAUGAGCCCCAAACACAAGCAAACAAGUUAUCAAAAACCAGAAACACAUGGAAUUUAUCGGGAAGGGCCUAAGAAAUACCCAUCCAAUCAUCAUAGUUAUACUCCUAAAACACAUCACUCAGUAGAACCAAGUAGAAAUUACCAUCAUGGUGUCAAAAGCCAUGGAAAUUACCCUGGCCCUCAGCUUCAUAAAGAUUCAGGUUAUAAAAGUCACGGCGGUAAUUUGGGGUAUCAUGGUUUAAACAGAGGAAGCAACAAUCACUACAACCAUGGUGGAUCUAGUUUUAACGGUUAUCAUCCGGGACAUUACAACCAACAUAAACAUUCGCAUCAACAUUCUACAUAUAGCUCAGGACACAUGACAUAUCCACGAGGUGGAGAAGGACCAAUUGGACAAAGUGCUGGUUAUAAAAAUAUACAAAGUGGUUACGGAAUUCCAAGAAGCAAUUCUGGCUACCAUGCUAUUUCAGGACCCCAAUAUAGUUCUCAUCUGACACCAUAUUCAGGAUCUCCUAGCUACCAUCAUAAUACCCAUAACUUUAAAAAACAGGAACAUUAUCCCAAAUCCAUAAAGACAAGUGGAAUUAAACAUCAUUUAGGAGGCAGUAUCUCAUCAGGCUAUUCUAGACCAACAAUUCCAUCAGGUUAUCCCAAUUCCGGUUCAGGACACAGAGUUUACACUGUCCCAUUGAUCAGAAGCGAGCAUCAAUCGAAAAAGGGUUACUCACAACCAAAAUUGAGUCAGGAAAAGCACAUUGAUAAUGAUUACUCUCCAAAAAGUGCAAUUGGAGAAUCCGGUUACCAUGGACAAAAUUCUCCAUCUUAUCAUAAGCCACCAACACCGCAUAAACCAAACUACCAAGUUGAACACCAUCCAAAACCUGCUUAUGGUGGUUCAGAUGCUGGUCACCAUGCACCCAAAGAAUACCAUGGUAUAAGAAACAACUAUGCCAAACCAUCAUAUACUCAUAAUCAUGGUGGAUCUAGUGGCACAUUUGCACACAGGCCCUCUUAUCCCAAAAGUCAUUCUGUUAAAGGAGGAUUUAAUGGAUAUAAGCAUAGUUCUUCCUCAGAAGGUAAUAAGAAAUAUUUGCCAGUAACUGCCUCACACGGAAACAAUUAUAAAUCUGGAUCUUCAGGUUCUCCCAUUGAACAGCAUAAAUACGAGCCAUCUCAUAUUGAGCAGAAAGAUAUUGGACACGAGGCAGUUCUAGGUGGUCAUGGAGGCUCUGGUGGUAUCUCAAGUGGAUCUGGUUAUGGAUCGAAUGGAAACUCACAUAAAUAUAAACAACCAAAAAUUGAGCAAAAAGAUAUAGGAUACGAAUCUCAUUUAGGAGGACACGGUAGCCCUAGUGGUACCUCCAGCGGAUCUGGUUACGGAUCUAGUGAAGAUUCACAUAAAUAUAAACCAUCGAAGAUUGAGCAAAAAGAUAUAGGAUAUGAAGCUCAUUUAGGAGGUCAUGGAAGUCCUAGUGGUAUCUCCAGUGGAUCAGGUCACGGAUCUAGUGAAUAUAAACCAUCAAAGAUUGAGCAAAAAGAUAUAAGCUAUGAAGGCCUUCUAGGAGGACAUGGGGGCCAAGAUCCUGCUCAUAUCUCUAGUGGAUCAGGAUAUGGUUCAAGUGGAAAUUCAGGAUCGCAUGCAAAUCCAUCAUCACAUGAAGUAUACGGUUCCGACGAUCAAUAUGAAAUGUCCAAGCCAAUGCCCUAUGAAUUCAAAUAUGAGAUAAAAGAUGACGAACAUGGAGCUGACCAGUACAGAGAAGAGAAGAUGGAUGACAAUGGAUAUCUGACCGGUAGAUAUGGCUAUAAGGACCCUCAUGGCCUGUACAGGCAGGUAGAAUACGAAGCCAGUAAAGCAGGUUUCAAAGUGUCCAGUAUAAAGACCAACGAACCUGGAACAGAAAACAAAGAUCCUGCUGACGUCCAUUUUGAAGUUGAACAGAACAGUCAGCCACAUUAUUAGUUCAAUGCUAGUCUGCCAAAAUCCAAAAGAGUUGUUAUGUGUAUAAAGACAAAAAUGAAGAAGAGACAUGGGUUUACUGCCAGAUAUCUCAUGCUUUCCAAAUGGCAUUAAGGGAUGCUCUGUUUUAUCAACAUUAUUACUCAAAUAUACGGGAAUUUUAUUUAUUCUAUGUUUGUGAUUGUUCUUAUCUUGUAUGUAUCAUUGUUAAUAAUAAAUAUCAUGUUGUUUGUUUUC